CGUAUGCUCCCAUAAGAAUGAGGAAACGGGACGGCGUCACGACAAAAAGAAAGAGGGAAGGAAAAGGGCGUUAAGGGACCUGCUGGCUCACAGUCCCCGCAGAAGGAUUACCGCGCUGUUACAGCCAUGGUCGAUAUCACGCCAGUCCAGAGCGCAACUAAGACACCAGAGAAGGAUUCGGGCUCCAAUGGUCAUGCGCAGUACAUCGCCUUGUCCCUGGUGCCCGUGUUCUUCCUGCUCGGCCUUCUGGGAGUGCUCAUCUGCCACAUCCUGAAGCGUAAAGGUUACCGCUGCACCACUGAGGCCGAAGAUAACGAGGCGCUGGAAGACGCAGAGAAGGACCCCGAGUGUGUCGCAGAGCUGAACGACACCUUCAGUGACGCCAACAAUGACACGUUGGGCCGGAUCGUUCAUUGUAUCAUGAAGAAUGAAGCUAACUCUGAUGCUCUGACCGCUAUGGUGGCUGAACACAGUGCUGAAGGUGAUAGGCCGACUACCCCAACCACUCCUGUGUCACCUAACGAGGCAAAUACGCCACUAUCCCCGGGGGCACCACCGGGGGCACCCAAGCACACCUGCAGCCACCUGCACACGGUGGGAGGAGUGGCCGGUCAGAAGAGCAUCUGUAGCCGCUGUAACCAGAAGAAGUGGCCCCUGGUGAGGAGGCCAAGCCGGAGCCGUCCCUCGGGUCAGGUGACCGUGCUGUCGGUGGGCAGGUUCCGAGUGACAAAAUGUGACCCCAAAAGCACUCGGGAGAGGAGGUCCCUCCGCACAAGUGACCCGAAUGGCUCCGUGCCGUCCUCUCCCACUGAGCCGAAGAGCAGAACCCCCUCAGAGUCACAGGAAAAACAAGACAAAGGACCGAUUUAAGGAACCAGGAGGAUCCCUGAAGAAGGAUCUGGGGGCCUCACCCCCCUGUCCCCCAUGGAGAGGUGCUACAGUCAUUUAUGUACUUUAAUCCAAGAAUCAGGCAGAUGCGGUGGGGGGAGGCUCACUGGAGACCUGAGCAGCUUCUCCCACAAUGGCGCUGAUUCGCAGGGGGUCCGUGGACGGUAGUGACCUUGAUCCCAGGCUGCCACCUCCGCUAAACCUUCACCCCCCCCCCCAUGCCCCAAGUGUGGGCGGAGCCACAGACCAGCGAGUGGAGGGUCAUGUUACCCCACGUUGGCCUCAAACAGCUGCUGCACAGCUGAAAACACGGAAAAGUAUUAGAGAGGAAGAAGAGGGAGAGGAAGGCAUCAGUGAUAUCAUGUCAUCGUGUCAUUACCAGAAGCGGGUUUGUGUGAACGUUCUUUAAAAUCCAGCGAUACAGUUACAAGGAACAAUGUGGGUCACACUGCAUGUCCAUCUAACCUAUAAUCACUGCAAUUAAAUUGUUGAGAAAGCACACAUUUAAAAAUUUAUUUUUUUAACUGAGCACAGAUUCUCUGAACACUGUACUAUGUAUUGGUUUACAAAUGCUUAGUAAUGACACCUUGUGUGCGUGUGAAGCCAUUUCCUUGGUUUCUGCAUGCUUGGCCUUGCCCUUAACUCGCUAAAGGCAAUAGAAAAAAUCCACAUCCCCACUGCGUAUACAGCUUGCAGCCACACCAAAGAACUCUGCUCAGGGGGAUUCCAUACUGCAACUCCUUUGUUGUCGAUCUGUCUUUUUGGCCCUCUAUGGCUUCCAUAGUUCAUUAGUUUAUCAUUAUUCAAUAAAAUGAAAAGUUUUUAAUUUUUUUUUUUUUUUUUUUUUUU